UUAUAUCUUAAUUUCAUGUUUUCAGAUGGUUCCAGUGCUGAUGUUAUUCAUGGUGGCUCUUGUAGCUGCAGAAUCUGAUAGUGCCUCUGUUUCUGUGGUUCACUGUGAUACCUCUACUUAUUGUCCUGAUGGAACAACGUGUUGUCUGAAUCCUUCUGGGUCCUGGGGCUGCUGUCCAUACCCAAGGGGCCAGUGCUGCAGAGAUGGACUCCACUGCUGUCCUAAUGGUUAUUUGUGUGAUUCGACAUCCACCCAUUGUCAGGCUGGGUGGUUAAGAUUGCCAUCUUCUUCCAGACUGGCUUUAAAUGCUAUCCAAGAGACUCAGUCUUUGUCCUUUGACCAAGCUCUCAAACAGAAGAGCGAGACUGAGCAGGUUCAUUGUGAUGGAAAUGUCUACUGCCCAACUGAGCAGUUCUGUUGCAAGACAUCAGCUGGCCAAUGGGGAUGCUGCAGCGGUUUGGUGUUGUAAACAAACAACAACCAUGACCUGAAUGAACCUCUCAUCAAAAACUGCCAAAGUGCAAGCUUGAGGCUUUCAAAUGUCAGGAAUAAUCCCACAUCCAAGCUGAAUUAAUAAAAAACAAAAAAUC